AGUGUGAGUGUAAUGUGUUUCUUUUUGCAUUGGUUUUUCAGGGGUUGAUGGUCGGAGUCACUUUUAUUUACCUUCCGGCUUCUCAGUUAUUAACUAAAAGAAUAAUGAAGACAGGCAACAUCAAUCUUUGAAUGACAUUAUUAACAAAAUCUGGAAGUCGUCGAUUAUUUGUCUACGUUUGAAUAUUCAUAACAUCAACAGAAAUGGACAAAACAUUGAUGGACUCGCCUUUAAAGGCACUUCUAAAUAACACUCGUCCGUCCCCAGGACCAUCAAAUGCAUCAAAGAUUCAACCUCCACAAUCCGCUAUGGUUCAUCAAGUGCCUAUGCCAACAGGUCCUCAAGAUGCCAUCAGUUCGGUGAAAAUACAAAAUUGUGUGUCCACAGUGAACCUCGGCUGCGAACUUAAUCUACAAAACAUAAACUUUCGUACAAGAAAUUCCGAAUACAAUCCAUCGCGGUUUCACGGUGUUGUCAUGCGAAUUAGAGAGCCUCGAUGCACGGCAUUGAUAUUCAAGUCGGGUAAAUUGGUGUGCACCGGAGCACGAAACGAGGAAUUUGCUAAUCUCGGCACCAGGAAGUUUGCGCGAAUUAUUCAGAAACUCGGCUAUUCGAUAAAAUUCAAAGAAUUCAAAAUACAAAAUCUGGUCGCCACUGUGGAUCUUCGGUUUCCAAUUCGAUUGGAAAACUUGAAUCAAAUGCACGGACAAUUCAGCUCCUAUGAACCGGAACUAUUCCCAGGACUUAUCUAUCGAAUGGUGAAGCCCAGAGUUGUUCUGCUAAUUUUUGUGAACGGAAAAAUUGUCUUCACCGGUGCCAAAUCCAAGGCAGAGAUCAACGAGAGUUUAGAAAAUAUUUAUCCAAUUCUGCAGAGUUUCAGAAAGAACUGAACGACGGAUGCUUUUACAGUUUAUGUAUUUAUAUUAUGAAUCAAAUAGAAUUUGAAAUUCGGUGUGUUGUAUGUGGAACGCAAGACGCGAACUUCAACAUUUUAAAUAAUUUUUAUAGAAAAUUGGUUUCAUUGUUCAUCCAUAAAGGAAAAGAUGAAACAGAAAGCCAACCUUUAUGUUUC